AAACCGAUAGAGGAAAAAAAACGAGCGCGCACACAAAUAUCUAAAACCCCAAACCCACAGACCGCGCUGCGAAAGCAACGGAGAGCUCAAAUCUGGAAACUUCAAACGAAGCAAAAGCCGCAGCAAAGCAAUACAGAAAUGGCCCUCUGUUCGUUCUCCACCACUGCCACACCCUCAUACCUCUCCUCCAUUCACAACCUCUUCAAACCUCGUCCAUCUCCUUUGCUCUCACUAUCAAACCCCGCCUUUAUCUCCACUCAAAACCCUAGAAUUUCAUCAUUACAAGAGCUCCGUCUUGCGCGCUGCAGCGCUGCGAAACAGCCCAGCGAAGCGCCCAGUAAGAAGAAAAGGAAGACUAAGCGCGGUGGUGGUGGUGGUGGUGGUGGUGGUGUUGGUGGUGGUAGUUCGAGGGGUUUGGCAGUGAAGGAUGUGGAAAUUGAAGAUGGGUUAUCGGGUUCGGAAUCGAAUUCAGUGCCGUACCAGCCUCUGCGGCUGCCGAAGCCGCCGGCGGGCUUCAUCUUGGAUGAUCAUGGGAGGGUUGUGAUGGUUUCGCCUAAGAGAAUUGCUACCAUUCCUGUGUCUUUGCAGGUUGAUUCUACCAAUAAUUUUCCGUUAGAGUGUGUUAUAAGGAGAGUAUUCAGAAGUUCACAGGGGCGUGAGUGUAUGCUCCUGUGCCCAGUUGAUACGCCUGUACAGAUCUUGAAGAGUACAAAUUUUGAUGGAUGGUCAGCUGUUAGUGAUGAAGAGGUAGAAGUUAUCCUUCCUGCCGCUGCUUAUGCUCUUGCCAAGAUACACAUGCAUCUGGUACAUAGCGGAUUUUGUUAUACAGCAAGGGGAGGAUUUUGCUACUCAGAAGAUAACAUAUUUGAUUUUCGCACAGAUGAUGGUCAAGAUAUAGAUGGCUUGCCAAAUGAAGGUGUAGAAAUUACUUGCUUCCACCUGGAUGGUUCACAUUACAUGAUUUAUACACCCUCUGAUCCACUCCUUUUUGUUGCUGUAAAGGGUCAGAAUGGGCUAUUACAAAUUGCAGACGAUGAACUUUUGGAUGACCCAGCCAUCAUAAGCGCCAUAGACGAGGAAACUGAAUUCAAUGCCCUGGUGGAGGAAGAAGCUGCUCUUCUUGAAUCUCUUCUGGGGGAAAGAUAAUCAGUAGCCCUCGCGUCAACUUCAAGAAUUUGAAGUUGAUAACAAUCGUGUAUGUAAUUUUGCUUGAAAGCACUACUUUUCUUCCCCCGUGUAUAUAACAAAUUUUGUUUCACAUAUUUAAGCAACCCUGUGAUGUAAUUGUUUCGUAACUAGUACAUUAACAAUGAAAAACUCAUCUAAUGGAUCCA